AUGAGUACAAGUACCGAAGUGAACACAAGGGACAAUGAUCCCGAAGAGGACCACCCAACGCCGUCCACCAUAGCUGGAAACGAUGCCCCUGGCUCGGAUGUCUCAUUGAUGGUGAGUACCGGUUCAUCACAAAAGGCGUGUCAGGGAUACAGAUCGUAUCGGGCAUUGAUUGCUGCACUUUGCACAUUUUUCGUGGUGACCACAGUGAUCGCUGUGGUGAUGUUUUCCACUGGAAACGCGAAGGGGGUAGCAUCUGCAAUACAGAGCAUUGGAGGCGGUUCCGGUGGAACAUCUUCUGGUUCCAGUUCCGGUGGAGGAGGUGGAUCCGGCUCGUGCUUCUCUGCAGACACUACCGUACAGACACUGAAAGGCCCGGUCCCCAUGAAGGACUUACAAGUGGGAGACAAGAUUUUGACAGCACAGGGCAAGUACGAACAUGUCUAUGCCUUUGGCCAUUACUUGCCCAAUGGAGAGGCAGAGUUUCUUGUGAUUGAGACAGAAGGCAACAGCCAACUGGAGAUCACACCGGAGCAUCUCCUGUAUCGACAAGGCACGUCACACCCUGUUCCUGCCUACUCUCUGCGAGUAGGUGACAAGAUUCAGCCACACGGUGCUGAGGUUACUAUGAUUGACUCGGUUCACAAGACUGGUAUCUAUGCUCCUCUGGUCUCUAGUGGCAGCUUUUUGGUCAAUCAUGGCUCUGUCAAGGUGUCUUCCUAUAUAAGUUUGGUGCAAGCAUACUCCACUGGCUAUGCUCAUUUUGCUGAUGGGACACCCUUCUUGCCACAGCAUACUGGUAUUCACAUGGUCCUGACACCCUACCGAAUGAUUUGCACCACAUUUUCAGGUUACUGUCAAGGCAGCUACACACAGGAAGGAAUGCCACCCCAUGUUGCCAAUGGGAUUGAGAUCUUGACAUGGGCUGACAAACUGCCAUUGAUGGAACAAGUGGUUCUGCUGGUGUUGGCACUGGUAGCAUUCGGUGCACUCAUGGUAGUGGAGAAAAUUGGAUUGGUGUUGCUCGCAGCAACAUUUUUCCUUUGCAGGAAUGGCUUGGGCCGUCACCACAAGUAG